AAUUAUUGGCUGGUUUGCUGCCGACGAGCGGUCCAGGCCAAAAAUGGACCAGCAGAGCGGGCAAAGAGCGUCUGGGCCGAGUGUGGGCAGCAAAGUUGCCUAACAGCCAAUACACAUAAGCACACACACACACACACAGUGAAAGGAAACACUCUCUCACACACACACACACACACACACAGACAGGCGCAGUUUGAGCCAAGUUUGAAGUCGCAACGAAGAUCGGCAGUGGCUUUAAGCUCUUUCACAUUUCAGUUCGUUUUCAGCGCGCGUGCGGUGCGGUUCUCUCUACCAGCGGGUCUCCUACGAAGUGUAUACAGUGUGUACCGAGUGCCAGAGUGCCAGAGUACCAGAGUACCAGCCUGUGUGUGUGCACAGAGACAGUGUUACCUGUGUGUUGGCGGAUACCCAGCUGCAGACGCUGCUGCUGCCUGAGCGCAUUAUCUAAGCAACAAAUAUUUAUUGAAUUGCAGUGAAAGUUUACGUCAGGCGUCUGUUAAUUGUUUCAAUUUUACCUUGUGAAAAUUCCAAAAAACCAAACGCGCGCAAACCAAUCAAAAGUGUACCAAGAAAAGCGUGAAAUAUCGUUAGAUUCCCGCAUUAAGAAAUAUAUCCAGUGUGUGUGCCUGUGUAUCUGUGUGUUUCUUUUGACGGCAAAUCGCUUUUGGCAGCUGCUACGGCAGCAAAAGCCAAGCCAAAAGAAGAGAAAAAGCCAACGCUUUUUGCUGGCGUCGAUCUUCGUUUGGCAGCUGUUGGCAGUAUGAACUGAUUUUGGCCGCCAGUUGAUGAAUAAAAUGCAAAAAUGAAAAUAUUUUUGCCCCUAGUCACGUGGAUAGUGCUACUACUUUCGAGUGCAGUACAUUCACAAUAUUCACAACAACCGCAACGUAUCCAGACAAAUUUGAGAAAGAACAGUCGAUUUCGUGGCGAGGUAUUCUUCCUGAAUCUAGAGGAUGGCUACUUUGGAUGCCAAGUCAACGAGUCGACAGACUAUUUGCAAUUAUACGAACUAUCGAAACUAUGCGACGGCAAUCAAGACUGCUAUCUUGGUUCCGAUGAGCAAAACAAAGAGCUCAAAUGCACAAAUGACUGUGAUAAGGACGGCACAGUGUGCACACAUGGCGCGUGUUUGAAUGGCGUCUGCCAUUGCAACGAUGGCUAUGGCGGCUGCAAUUGCGUUGACCUAGAUGAGAACGAAUGCAAACAGCAUCCAUGCGAUGUGUUUGCCCAUUGCACAAACACAUUGGGCAGCUAUACGUGUACCUGCUUUCCGGGCUAUCGUGGCAAUGGUAUUCAUUGUGAAGACAUUGACGAAUGCCAAGAUCCCGCGAUAGCAGCGCGAUGCGUGGAGAAUGCCGAGUGCUGUAAUCUGCCGUCGCACUUCCUGUGCAAGUGCAACGAUGGGUACGAGGGCGAUGGUGAAGUGCUCUGUACGGAUGUGGACGAGUGCCGCAAUCCGCAGGCCUGCCCCCCGAAUGCCCAGUGCAUCAAUACGCCAGGAAAUUACACCUGUGCCUGUCCCGAAGGCUUUGUGGGCACCGAUCCCUACAAAGACUGUCAGGACGUGGACGAGUGCACAUAUCCGAAUGUCUGCGGACCCGGUGCCAUAUGUACGAAUCUCGCGGGCAGUUAUCGCUGCGACUGCCCGGUGGGAUACGACGGCGAUGGACGCGCCGACCAAGGAUGCGUGGACCAGGACGAGUGUGCUCGAUCUCCCUGUGGCCGCAAUGCCAAUUGUUUAAAUAAUGAUGGUAGCUUCCGCUGCCUGUGCCCCGAUGGCUACAGCGGGGAUCCCAUGCAUGGUUGCGAGGAUGUCGAUGAAUGCGCCACUAACAAUCCAUGCGGUUCGGGUGCUGAAUGCGUGAACAUGGGCGGGAGCUAUCAAUGUCGUUGUCCCCUCGGCUUUGUCCUCGAGCACGAUCAGAACGCAGAGCCACCUGUUGACCUCCUGCCACUGGGCUAUGGCCAAGGGGACGCCGAUAUACAGACGGCGGUGGUCACAUCGGGCGCGGGUUUAGCCUGCCUGGACAUCGAUGAGUGCAACCAGCCGGAUGGUUUGGCGAAGUGUGGCACCAACGCCAAAUGCAUUAACUUUCCGGGCUCAUAUCGAUGUCUGUGUCCGAGUGGAUUCCAAGGACAGGGCUACUUGCAUUGCGAGAACAUCAACGAGUGUCAGGACAAUCCGUGCGGCGAGAAUGCCAUCUGCACGGACACCAUUGGAAGCUUCGUGUGCACCUGCAAACCGGACUACACUGGCGAUCCCUUCCGCGGCUGUGUGGACAUUGACGAGUGUGCCGCCCUGGACAAACCCUGCGGGCAGCAUGCACAGUGCGAAAACACUGUCCCUGGAUACAACUGCAAGUGUCCGCAGGGCUACGAUGGCAAGCCAGAUCCCAAGGUAGCCUGCGAGCAGGUGGAUGUGAACAUCCUGUGCCGCAGUAACUUUGAUUGCACCAACAAUGCGGAGUGCAUUGAGAACCAGUGCUUCUGUUUGGACGGCUUCGAGCCCAUUGGCGCCAGUUGUGUGGACAUCGACGAGUGUCGUACACACGCAGAGGCUUGCGGACAGCAUGCCCAGUGCCUGAACACGCCCGGUUCGUAUCGGUGCGACUGUGAGGCCGGCUAUGUGGGCAGUCCCCCGAGAAUGGCUUGCAAGCAGCCCUGCGAGGAUGUUCGCUGUGGGCCUCAUGCCUACUGCAAACCGGACCAGAACGAGGCCUACUGUGUCUGCGAGGAGGGAUGGACCUACAAUCCCAGUGAUGUGGCCGCCGGUUGUGUGGACAUUGACGAAUGCGAUGAGCUGCAUGGACCCUUUGGCAGCUGUGGCCAGAAUGCCACCUGCUCCAACACCGCUGGCGGCUACUCGUGCGCCUGUCCGCCUGGAUACUCUGGAGAUCCGCACAGCAAGUGCGUGGAUGUGGACGAAUGCCGGACCGGCAGUAAGUGCGGAUCGGGUGCCGAGUGCGUAAAUAUGCCCGGAGGCGGCUACACCUGUCGCUGCCCCGAGCACACCAUUGCCGAUCCCGAUCCCAGUGUACGCUGCGUACCCAUCGUGAGCUGCACGACCAAUGAGAAUUGCCCCGGAAAUGCUAUCUGUGAUGAAACGAAGCGUUGCCUCUGCCCGGAACCAAAUAUAGGCAACGAUUGCCGGCAUCCGUGCGAAACGCAGGACUGUGGAGCCCAUGCCCAGUGCAUGCUGGCCAAUGGUCAGGCGCAGUGCCUCUGCGCACCCGGAUACACCGGAAAUGCUGCGCUACCCGGCGGCUGCAACGACAUCGACGAGUGUCGGGCCAAUCCAUGUGCCGAGAAAGCCAUUUGCACGAACACAGCGGGUGGAUAUCUGUGCCAGUGUCCGGGCGGAUCAUCGGGCGAUGCUUACCGCGAAGGCUGUGCCACAUCCAAGAGUGUGGGCUGCUCCGAGGCAAAUCCAUGUGCUGCUGGAGAGAGCUGCGUGCAGGAUUCGUACACCGGAAACAGUGUCUGCAUCUGCCGACAGGGCUACGAACGUAAUCCGGAGAACGGCCAGUGCCAGGAUCUAGACGAGUGCUCGGCGCUGCGCGGCAAGUCAGCCUGUGGACUGAAUGCUCUGUGCAAGAACCUGCCUGGAAGCUAUGAGUGCCGUUGCCCGCAGGGCCACACCGGCAACCCCUUCAUCAUGUGCGAGAUCUGCAGUACCCCUGAGUGCCAGUGCCAGGCGCCCUACAAGCUUCUGGGCAACGCCUGCGUUCUCGCGGGCUGCUCCAGUGGCGGCCAGGCUUGCCCCAGUGGCGCGGAGUGCAUCUCCAUUGCCGGUGGCGUGAGCUACUGUGCCUGCCCCAAGGGAUACCAGACGCAACCGGACGGCACCUGUACGGAUGUCAACGAGUGCGAGGAGCGCGGCACGCAGCUCUGUGCUUUUGGGGCUCAGUGCGUGAAUCAGGCCGGAGGCUACACAUGCCACUGCCCCGAUGGCUACCUGGGAGAUGCCUACAACGGACUCUGUGCUCCUGCCCAAAGGAAAUGCGCUGCGGACAAGGAGUGCGCCAGCAACGAGAAGUGCAUCCAGCCGGGAGAGUGUGUCUGCCCGCCGCCGUACUUCCUCGAUCCUCAGGAUAACAACAAGUGCAAGAGCCCCUGCGAGCGAUUCCCCUGCGGCAUCAAUGCCAAGUGUACGCCCUCGGAUCCCCCGCAAUGCAUGUGCGAGGCGGGCUUCAAGGGCGAUCCACUGCUCGGGUGCACGGACGAGGAUGAGUGCGCCCAUCUGCCAUGCGCCUAUGGCGCCUACUGUGUCAACAAGAAGGGCGGAUAUCAGUGUGUUUGCCCCAAGGGCUUCACCGGAGACCCAUACAAAAGCGGCUGCAUCUUUGAGAAUGGAACGCCAAAGAGCAAGUGCCUCAGCAACGAUGAUUGCGCGAGUAAUUUGGCCUGCUUGGACGGCAGUUGUCUCAGUCCCUGCGCCAGUCUCCUGUGCGGUUCAAAUGCCUACUGCGAGACGGAACAGCAUGCGGGAUGGUGUCGCUGUCGCGUUGGUUUCGUCAAGAAUGCCGAUGGCGAGUGCGUCUCCCAGUGCCAGGAUGUGAUUUGCGGCGAAGGAGCCCUGUGCAUACCCACCAGCGAUGGACCCACCUGCAAGUGUCCGCAGGGACAGCUGGGUAAUCCCUUCCCCGGCGGCAGCUGCAGCACGGAUCAGUGCACAGCCUCCCGACCCUGCGACGAACGUCAGAUCUGCAUCAAUGGACGCUGCAAGGAGCGUUGCGAUGGCGUCGUCUGCGGCAUUGGAGCCACUUGCGACAAGAACAAUGGAAAGUGCGUUUGCGAACCGAACUUUGUCGGCAAUCCCGAUCUCCUGUGCAUGCCACCCAUCGAGAUGGCCAAGUGUUCACCGGGAUGUGGAGACAAUGCCCAUUGCGAGUACGGAUUGGGACAGAGCCGAUGUGCCUGCAAUCCAGGAACCUAUGGCAAUCCCUACGAGGGCUGUGGUGCCCAGAGCAAGAAUGUCUGCCAGCCGAAUAGCUGUGGCCCCCAUGCGGAAUGUCGCGCUGUUGGCAACCACAUCACGUGCCUCUGUCCGCAGGGCUUCAGUGGCAAUCCCCAUGUGGGUUGCCAGGACGUCAACGAAUGCACAAACAAACCUUGCGGCCUGAAUGCCGCCUGCCUCAACACCGCUGGAGGCUUUGAAUGCCUUUGUCUGUCCGGACAUGCCGGCAAUCCCUACAGCAGCUGUCAGCCGAUCGAGAGCCGAUUCUGCCAGGAUGCCAACAAGUGUCAGUGCAACGAGCGAGUGGAGUGCCCCGAAGGCUACAGCUGCCAGAAGGGACAGUGCAAGAACCUGUGCUCCAAGGCUGCCUGUGGACCACGUGCCAUCUGCGAUGCUGGAAAGUGUCUCUGCCCCAUGGGCUACAUCGGCGAUCCGCACGAUCUCAGCGAGGGUUGCAGCGUACGCGGGCAGUGUGGCAACGAUGCCGACUGCCGUCACACGGAGAUCUGCUUCCAGCUGGGCAGAGGUCUGCGCAAGUGCGUGGAUGCCUGCUCUAAGAUCCAGUGUGGUCCCAAUGCCCUCUGUGUGGCCGACGAUCAUCGCUCGUCGUGCAUCUGCUCUGACGGUUUCUUUGGCAAUCCAAGCAAUCUUCAAGUUGGCUGCCAGCCGGAACGUACGAUACCCGAACUGGAGGACAAAUGCAAGACAGAUAAGGACUGCGAGCGCGGUUUUGGCUGCCAGACAUCGUCAGCCCAUGGCAUUAGGGAGUGCAUCAAUCUCUGCACGAAUGUGGUCUGCGGACCGAACGAGCUGUGCAAGAUUAAUCCCGCCGGACAUGCCAACUGCAAUUGUGCCGAGAGCUUUGUGUGGAAUCCGGUGGUCUCCUCGUGUGAGAAGCCAUCGCUGCCCGACUGCACCAGCGAUGCCAACUGUCCGGAUGCCUCUGCCUGCCGUCCCGAUGUCCUGGGCGUGCUUAAGUGCGUGGCCAUCUGUGAUGCCUUCACCUGUCCGGCCAAUGCCAUUUGUGUGGCGCGUCAGCACCAGGGACGUUGCGAUUGUCUGAAUGGUUUUGUGGGCAAUCCCAACGAUAGAAAUGGCUGCCAGCCGGCGCAGAAGCAUCAGUGCCGCAGCCAUGCCGAGUGCCAGGAGUCGGAGGCCUGCAUCAAGGAUGAGGCCACCCAAACGCUGAGCUGUCGUCCGGCCUGUGAAUCGGUCAAGUGCGGCCCUCGUGCCGUCUGCAUCACGAACAACCAUCAGGCACAGUGCCAGUGUCCGCCUGGACCGUUUGCCGGUGAUCCGUACGAUCCAUUCAACGGCUGCCAGAGCGUGCCGUGCGUCUACAAUCAUGACUGUCCCACCACCCAAAUGUGCAAUCGGAUGACCCACACCUGCUUCGAUGUCUGCGACGAGGAGUCGUGUGGCGAGAAUGCCAUCUGCUUGGCCGAGGAUCAUCGCGCCGUGUGCCAGUGCCCGCCCGGGUUCCGUGGCGACCCGCUUCCCGAGGUGGCAUGCACCAAACAGAGCGGCUGUGCUGCCGGAACCUGUCAUCCAUCUGCCAUUUGUGAGGUCACACCCGAAGGACCCAUCUGCAAGUGUCCACCACACUUUGUGGGCGAUCCCAAGAGCGCGGGCUGCCGUCCAGACGGACAGUGUCCCAAUGGUGAUGCCGAUUGUCCAGCGAACACAAUUUGCGCAGGCGGAAGGUGCCAGAAUCCAUGCGAUAAUGCCUGCGGAUCGAAUGCCGAGUGCAAAGUGGUUAACCGAAAGCCCGUCUGCAGCUGUCCGCUGCGCUUCCAACCGAUCUCCGACACGGCCAAGGACGGAUGCGCCCGUAGCGCCUCCAAGUGCUUAACCGACGUGGACUGCGGCGGAGAGCUGUGCUUCAAUGGCCAGUGCCGCAUUGCGUGCCGCAACUCGCAGGACUGCUCCGACGGCGAGAGCUGUCUGAACAACGUCUGUGUGGUGGCGUGCCUGGACCACAGCCAGUGCGGCCAAGGCCUGGCUUGCGUUGAGGGUCACUGCACCAUCGGCUGUCGCAGCAACAAGGAGUGCAAGCAAGACCAGUCCUGCAUCGAGAACAAGUGCCUCAAUCCCUGCCAGUCCGGCAACAGCUGCGGCCCCAAUGCCCUCUGCAGCAUUGCCCAGCAUCGCAGUCAGUGCAGCUGCCCGGAGGGAUUCGAGGGAAAUCCCACCCCCGAACAGGGUUGCGUCCGAGUACCCGCACCCUGUUUGGCGAGCAAUCAAUGCCCCAACGGACACAUGUGCAUCGGCAACCAGUGCAAUCUGCCAUGCAGCAAGACCUCCUCCUGCGCGAUUGGAGAGCGCUGCUACCAGCAGGUGUGCCGCAAGGUCUGCUACACCAGCAACAACUGUCUGGCCGGAGAGAUUUGUAAUGCGGAUCGCACCUGCCAGCCAGGUUGCGAGUCCGAUGCGGAUUGCCCACCCACAGAGCUGUGCCUCACCGGAAAGUGCAAGUGCGCCGUCGGAUUUAUUGGCACGCCCUUUGGCUGCUCGGACAUUGAUGAGUGCACGGAACAGCCGUGCCAUGCCAGUGCCAGGUGCGAGAAUGUCCCUGGAUCCUAUCGCUGUGUGUGUCCCGAGGGCACCGUCGGCGAUGGCUACACCAAGCAGGGUUGCUCCCAGGGCCGUCAAUGCCAUCAACCAGAUGAUUGUGCCAACAACUUGGCCUGCAUCUCUGGCAAGUGCACAGAUCCGUGCCUGCAGACCGUGUGCGGAUCCAAUGCCCUUUGCCAGUCCGAGGGACAUGAGGCACAGUGCAGCUGUCCCGCUGGAUAUUUGGGUGAUCCGAAUGAUACAGGAGUCGGCUGCUUCAAGGUGGAGUGCAUCGAUCAUGUGGAUUGUGCCAGCGAUCGUGCCUGCGAUGCGGAGACCAAUCGCUGCAUCAAACCAUGCGACCUAACCGGCUGCGGCAAAGGAAACUGCGAGGUGUCCGACCACAAGGCCGUCUGUGUCUGCUACGAGGGAUACCAGCUGGUCAGCGGAGGAGUCUGCGAGGAUGUCAACGAAUGUUUAUCCCAGCCAUGCCACAGCACAGCCUUUUGCAACAAUCUGCCGGGAAGCUACAGCUGCCAGUGCCCGGAGGGACUCAUUGGAGAUCCCCUACAGGCCGGCUGCCGUGAUCCCAGCGAAUGCCUCAGCGAUGUCGAUUGUCCCGUCACCGCCAGCUGCCAGAACUCUCGAUGCCGCAGUCCCUGCGAACGUCAGAACGCGUGCGGCAUCAAUGCCAAUUGUCAGGCCCAGAGCCACCAAGCCGUGUGCACCUGCUCAGCAAAUUCACGCGGAGAUCCUCUCGUCGAGUGCGUACACAUCGAGUGCUCUGACAACGACGACUGUUCCGGCGACAAGGCCUGUCUAGAUGCCAAAUGUAUUGAUCCCUGCUCCCUGCCCAAUGCCUGCGGAGCCCAGGCUCUCUGUUCGGUCCAGAAUCACAUUGGAGUAUGCGCCUGCGAGUCGGGCAGCACCGGAGAUGCCAAACAGGGAUGUGUGCCACUGCAAUACUGUCAACAGGAUGCACAGUGCGCACAGGGAAGCAUUUGCUCGCAUGGCAUCUGCAGUCCACUCUGCAGCACCAAUCGGGAUUGUAUUUCGGAGCAGCUUUGCCUUCAGGGUGUCUGCCAGGGCACCUGUAAAUCCAAUACGACCUGUCCCCAGUUCCAGUUCUGCUCAAACAACAUUUGCACCAAGGAGCUGGAGUGCGGCGCCAACACAGAUUGUGGCGAGGACGAGACAUGCCUCAUGGAUGCGUACGGACGAGCACGCUGUGAGCCGGUUUGCCUGGGCCGUGCCGCCUGUGGCCGCAAUGCCGAGUGUGUGGCUCGCUCCCAUUCUCCGGAUUGUAUUUGUAAGGAUGGAUUCUUUGGGGAUGCCAAGUCGGGCUGCCGCAAGAUCGAGUGUAACAGCGACGAGGAUUGCUCGAACGACAAGAGCUGCGACAAUCACAUGUGCAAGAUCGCCUGCCUUAUUGGCCAGCCCUGUGGGGAAAAUGCUCUCUGCACCACGGAACACCAUCAGCAGGUGUGCCACUGCCAGCCCGGCUUCAGUGGCGAUCCCCGCGUGCGUUGCGAUGUCAUUGACUUUUGUCGGGAUGCUCCGUGCGGACCCGGUGCCCGUUGCCGGAACUCGCGCGGCUCCUAUAAGUGUAGCUGUCCCCCCGGCCUCGUUGGUGACCCUUAUAACGAGGGCUGUCGCAGCUCCGUGGAGUGCGAGACCAACGAGGAUUGUCCCCCGCAUGCUGCAUGUACGAAAACUAACGGCGUGGCCAAGUGCCACGAUGUCUGCGCCCAGCUGCAGUGUGGCCCCAAUGCGGAAUGUGUUCCGAAGGGCCACAUCGCACAGUGUGCAUGCCGCAUGGGCUAUGACGGCCAACCCGCUGACCGGGUGGCCGGCUGUAAGCCAUUGCCCGUUCCCUGUCAGGUCACCGGCGACUGUCCCACAAACACCUACUGCUCGGAUAGCGUCUGCAAACCUGCCUGCGUCCUGGACACCGAGUGUGGGCCGUCUGAGGUUUGCCAGGGAGGCCAAUGCUUUAAUCCCUGUGUCCAGCCCCAGGCGUGUGGCCAGAAUGCCGAAUGCGUGAUGUUGAAUCACCUGAAACAGUGCCACUGCCCGGAGGGCUUCACCGGAGACUCGUCGAAGGAAUGUGUCCGGGUGCCAGUGGCCUGCGAUGGUGACUGCUCGCCUGGCUACACCUGCCGCGACUUCAUGUGCCUUCCUUCGUGUAACAACGAUCUAGAGUGUGCCUCCAAUGAGAAAUGCUUGAAGGGCAAUUGCAUGCUGACCUGCCGCGUGGAUAACGAUUGUUUCUUGGGGCAUGUGUGCCUGCACAACAAGUGCGUCUACGGCUGCCAUGUGGAUGAUGACUGCAGUGCCUCGGAGUCCUGCCGCAACGAUAAGUGUGUGAAUCCCUGUGUGGAGAGUCCCUGCGGGCCCAAUGCCGCCUGCUCGGUGUCCAAUCAUCGGGCCACAUGCAGCUGCUUGGAGAGCAUGGUGCCCAAUCCCACGCCCCAGGUGGGCUGCGUGCGUGCCCCACCGCUCGAGUGCCGCGAGAAUCGUGACUGCGGCAAUGGACUGGCCUGCUUCGAGUCUGUGUGCCGCCCCUUGUGCGCCGACGAUGCCGGCUGCCUGACCAACGAGCGGUGCCAGCAGGGCGUCUGCAAGCCACUCUGUCGCCACGACAACGAGUGUGCCCACGGCGAACUGUGUCUGGGACUCAACUGCGUCCCCGGCUGUCGCUCCGACCAGGGCUGCCCAUCCGAACUCUCGUGCAUUGCCCAACAGUGCGUGGAUCCAUGCGCGGACCCCACCGCCUGUGGAACAAAUGCCCUCUGCCAGACUAUUGACCAUCGCAAACAGUGUACUUGCCCGGAGGGACUUAGCGGCAAGGCCAACGUGGCCUGCAAGGUGCCGCGCAUCGCCUGCGGACGCAACGAGGACUGCCAGAACAACCAGUUAUGCUACGCCGGAAGCUGUCAGGGCAAGUGCCGCAACGAUCAGAACUGUCUCUCGGACGAGCGCUGUAUGCGCGGAACCUGCCGCACCGUCUGCAACACGGACGAAGCCUGUUCCCAGGGCCAGAUCUGCGAGAAUCGGGUCUGUCAAACCGGUUGCCGCAACGACCUGAGCUGUGCCACCGACGAGGCCUGCGUGAACAAAAAGUGCCAGAAUCCCUGCCGCAGUCCCGGACAGUGCGGUCAGUGUGCCGACUGUCUGGUGGUGAAUCAUGGCGUCCAAUGCCAGUGUCCGGCCUCCUUCAUUGGGGACGGCCUCACCGGCUGCCAACUGCCAGCGGAACGCUGCCAUCCUGGAUGCGAAUGCGACGAGAACGGAGCCUACUGCGCCACCAAGUGCUCCCGAACAGAGGACUGUGCCUGUGGACAGCAAUGCGCACGCGGCAAGUGCCGCAACAAGUGCGGACCCAAGCGACAGUGCACCGUGGGACAGCUGUGCGAGCGAGGAGCCUGCAUUGCCGGCUGCAAGUCCAACAGUGACUGUGCCGCCGACCAGAGCUGCGUGCGCGGCAAGUGCACGGACCCAUGUGCCGACGACAAGGCCUGCGGUCGCAAUGCCCUGUGCACCGUUUCCGAACAUAGAAUGCUGUGCUACUGCCCCGAUGGUUACGAGGGAGAACCCAGCAAGGAGUGCGUGCAGUUUGAGUGCCGCCAGGACGCGGACUGCGACAGCAGCAAGCGAUGCGAUGGCGGCAAGUGCCGCAAUCCGUGCCUGGAGUAUGGAGCCUGUGGCACCAAUGCUCAAUGCCGUGUGGUUAAUCGCCAGGCCCAAUGCUCCUGCCCACCCGACUUCUUCGGCAACCCCGCCAGUGAAUGCCAGCCCCUGGAUGGCGGCUGUUCCAACAGCCCGUGUGGCGUCAACUCAAAGUGUACCGAAGUGCCCGGUGGCUAUGAGUGUGCCUGCAUGGAUGGCUGCAUCGGGGAUGCCAACAAGGGAUGCCUCUGCGAGGGACCUCUAGUGAAUGCCUGCCACGAUCAGCCAUGCGGCUUGAAUGCCGCCUGCCAUGUAGUGGGCAACGACCAAGCCGAAUGCUACUGCCCGGAGGACUUCCCCAAUGGCGAUGCCUAUGUGCAAUGUUAUUUGACACCGCCGCAGCAGGACUGCCGCACUCUCGGCUGCGAUGUGGGAGACUGUGUGCGCCAUGGCUAUGACUAUGUGUGCCAGCAGGACACCGAACAAUGCUACUCAGAUACGGAUUGUCCCAGUGAAAAAUCAUGCCUCCAAGGACACUGCAGCGAUCCUUGUACAAUGCGUGGCGCGUGCGGCUCAAAUGCGCUAUGCAAAACUGUUCUGCAUCGUCCGCGCUGCUCCUGUCCAAGCUGUCACAUCGGCCGGCCCGAGGUCGAGUGCAAGCCCGAUCCCAAUUGUCUCACCGAUGACAUGGAUGCCAAGACCAAGGAGCAGAUACCAUGCUCCACUGACAACGAAUGUCCGGAGACAUUGCAGUGCGGCCAGUACGGCCAGUGCACAGAUCCAUGCAAUAAUCCCCUCUUCAUUUGCGAGAGCAACAAAAAGUGCGAGACACGACGCCACCAACCCGUUUGCAUUUGCAAAUCGGGCUUUAUAGUCAACGAGUACGGAGAGCUGACGUGUGCACCGGAUAAGCGGGAAUGCUAUCGCGAUGAUGACUGUGCCUCGAAUAUGGCCUGCACGGAUGGCAAAUGCCGGAACCCAUGUAUUGUGCCUUUGGGCCGGGCACCGAUCUGUGCCGAGAAUAAGUCCUGCGAGGUACAGAACCACAAGCCCGUGUGCAUCUGCAUGCGAGACUGUCAGCCCUCGAUAUCUAUUUGCCUGCGUGAUGCCGGCUGUCCGGCCGGCCUCGCUUGCCGCAAACUGCAGUGCGUCGAUCCGUGCAAGUUUGCAACCUGCGCCCCCAACUCGCCAUGCAUUGUCGAGGAUCACAAGCCGAUAUGUAAAUUCUGCCCUCCUGGAUUUAUAGCCGAUGCCAAAUAUGGAUGUCAAAAAGGUAAAGCACAAACGUACUCUCUCUCACCAACCACUCUUUGGCUCCAUGCCGCAAGAGAGUGCCUUAUGUCUUUCUGUCUCUCGAAUAUUGUAUCUCUGUUUCCCGCCUUCUUCUCUCUACCACCUACCACUUUCUUUCUCUUACUGUCACUCACACACGCUCUCACGUUUUUGCCUAGCUCUCUCUGUCUUAUUGUCUGUCCCCUCACAAGAAACACAAAAAUGUACCCAAUUUAUCCGACGAAAUAUAUUGACUUAAUAUUCCAUCUAAAAGUUUCACAACUCGUCAAUCUGUUUCUCGAGAGAUUUUUGUGUGUAAAUGUACAUAGGACUGAGAAACUAACUACCGCCUGUACUCGUAUAAAGACCAUGCUUAUCGAAAUGGCCCAUAGAAACAGAAAGCUUAGUUACAAGCCGAAAGUGUGGGCCAGUACUCUCGUGUCUAGCGAAUAUAACAUCCCCCAAGUUAAACGCAUUGCGCCACUAGCACCUGUGCCAAAGCUAAUGCACCAUAAUCCAAGAAAAAACCUUGACGAAAGUAUAGAUCCAUAUAUCUGAUCUAUCUAAAUACAAAACAAUAGUAACAUGAAGACACAAUAAAUACAAGCAAAACUCUUCUGAACAUUCACACACGCUCAUGCUCACCGUGAUAUUAAUCAAUUUAAUCAAAAUGCCUCUUGAAUACUAUGAAAAUCUUAACCUAUGAUUCUAUUAUAAACGGUAACAAAUGUACUACUAAUGGUGAAAUUAAAAAACAAACAACCAAACAAACAAAAA